AUGGCUCAUCAAUUAGUUAAAGAAUUCUUGGAUUUACAUCCUUCAUUAGACUAUCCGACUCUUCAUUUAAUCAUUUAUAAUGUCCCUAAAAUAUUCGAUAAAUCACAAUUUUUAUUAUUAUUUCCUUCUGAUAUUAAAAUUACUUCUACAGAUUUCACUUGUCUUCAUCUUCAUUUUGUCGUUGUUCAAUUUGAUUCAGUAAGUGAUUCUAUUGUGUGUUUUCAUAAAGUUCAUUCAAAACAAUUCUGUGGAAGGUAUUUAUAUGUUCAAUUUGGUUAUCAAAUCAUAUCAAAUUUACCUUUGAAUUUUAUCCGAUUAAAACAUUUAUUAAACACUACUUUUGAGUCUGUUCUUCAUUAUUUUAGUUUCUUUGGAAAAGUAAGAGCAAUCACUCAAGAUGGUAAUGAUUAUCUUUGUGAAUAUAACUCUAUCAGUGAAGCAUCUAAUGCUUAUAAUAUCAUUUCUAAUCAUACCAACACUGAAAAAAUGGAGUUAGUCUUAGGAAUAAACCAAUUACAGAGUGUAACUUGUGAUUGGUAUAUUCCUAUUCAUUCAAAAUAUAAAAAUCUUGUUCAUCAGGCACAAACAAUGGGUGUUAUUCCACAAAAUCUCUUGGCUUUACCAAGUAAUAGUUUGAUGGCAUCAAUUAUUUUGACAUAUUACAAUAAGGAAGAAAGUGAGAAACUAGAUUUGAUUGGUGUGGAUUGGAGGGAUGAGGAUGAAAAGAAGAUUAAACCAAUGGAAGAAGAAAACAAAGUGUUGGAAAACAAAAAUGAAGUUCCAGUUCAAAAAAUACAAGACAUGAAAGACAACGUUCAAAUACCUACUGAAUCACUACCUCAAACAAAACAAAGUCACUCUCAUGAUACUCUUUUAAAUUAUGAAAAUGACACUAUUAUUCUUAUAGAUGAAGAUAAGCCAAGCACUGAGAUUAUCCAAAUAUCAGAUAAUAAAGACCAAAAAGAAUAUAACGAAACACUUGAAGUUAAAGAAAGAUUUACUCCAGUCGAAUCAUAUCCAGUUGUUAUCCAAGAAAAGCAAUCUUCUUUUACCACAAUAAAUGAACAAGCAAAAGAUGAAUGGGAUUUUGACCUUGAACUUUCACCAAAAGAAAUAAAUAAUCUGCAACCAAAAUCAAUAACUGAUUAUCAACAACAAUCCUCAAUACCAGAAAGACGCCUUUCUCCAUUUGAUGGACAAUUCUUUUCAAAAUAUGAUUAUCCUAAUAGAAAUGAUAAUGGGUCAAGGAAUAGAAGCCAUUCAAGACAUAGAAAAGAGUCUCACCAUUAUCAGAAAUCAUAUGACAGAUAUAAUCAACGAUAUUCCCAACCACAAAAACGUCAAUCUUCUAUUCAACUUAAACCUAACAAACCUCUUCCUUCUUCUAAGAAAUCUGAAAAGAUAGUUAGUUCAUUUCAUCCAUAUAAACAGACAAAAGAAAGAGUUGAAUGUUCAACUAAAACUACCAAUGAAAAGAAAGGUUCUAGAACAUCAACGUUCUACAGUCAGAAUGGAAUGAAUGAAUGUGUAGAUAUUGUUUUUGGUCAACAACGCCAGAGCCAAGUUGAAAUUAAAAGAAGUCAAAUAUUAAAUGAAAGUGUAAGUCAUAAAGAUGGUAUUGAAAAAGAAAUAACAAACACUAACACUUCAAAAGAAUCACAGAAAUUAAACAGUGUUUUUAUUCCUCGUUGCAUUCAAGAAGAAUUAGAAAAUUGGACAGCAUUUUAG